UGCACGUGUGAAGACUUGAUAGUCAUAGUCGUUGUAUGUCGCCCGUAAUUUAAAUAGACAGUGUGCUACAGAGCUUGCCAUUGGAGAGACACGUCAGAAGCACGGCGGAAAAGAAAAGUUGUAAACAUGCCGUCACCCCUUCUCAUCGGCAUCUCAGGACCCUCUUCAUCUGGCAAGACAACACUCUCUCGCCUACUCCGCGACAUAUUCCCGCCAUCAAAGCUAUUCAUUCUACAUCUCGAUGACUUUUACCUCACCGACGCCGAGAUUCCGGUCAAAAAUGGCGUCCAGGAUUGGGACUGCAUAGAGUCGCUCAACCUACCUGCACUCCAACAAGCCCUCCAACACAUCAAAGAACAUGGAAACAGCCCAGACUGGUUAGUCAGUCAGGAAGAUCAAAACAGCGUCGGAGAACACGGUGUACCUGAAGCUGAGAUUCAGAAACUGAGACAGGAUGUAUCGACGUGGCUGGGUAGUAGUACGCCGGGGUGGGAAGAAAGACGCAUCUGCAUCGUCGAUGGCUUCCUCCUCUUCUCAGAAGACAUGAAGGACAUACGCUCCCUAUUUGAUGUCAAACUCUUCCUCCGCACUUCCUACGAGACUGCGAAGCGCAGGCGCGAAGCGCGGAGUGGGUAUGUAACUAUUGAAGGGUUCUGGACAGAUCCACCGGGGUAUGUCGAUGAUAUCGUAUGGCCGAAUUACGUCAAAGAUCAUAGAUUUCUAUUCAGGGGCGGGGACGUGGACGGGGAGUUGGACGAAAGUGUUUGCGAGAGUGUUGGAAUAUGUGGCAUGCCGAGGGAAGCAGAGGGGGAUAUGACGCAGUGUUUGCGCUGGGCAGCUGGGGUAUUGAGGCGAGUGGUCAAGGGAACAUGAAGGCAGUUUUGAAGAUUGUAUUAUUAUGCCUGUAUGCAUAUCACUUUGGAGCUCUUUUGACCACAAAACACGACAUGCUCCAAUUCCGAACCAGAUUGUUAAUAUCCGUCAACGCCA